CUCCUCCUCUCCUGUCUUGGGUUUCCCUGGUGCCGCCGCCGCCACCGCAGUUCUGUGUGAGGAGGAGGAGGAGGAGGAGGAUGUGAAGAUGGCGGAGCUGCAGAUGCUGCUGGAGGAGGAAAUCCCAGGGGGCCGCCGGGCCCUGUUCGACAGUUACACUAACCUGGAGCGAGUGGCCGACUACUGCGAGAACAACUACAUCCAGUCAGCAGAUAAACAACGAGCCCUAGAAGAAACCAAAGCUUAUACAACACAGUCCUUAGCAAGUGUAGCCUAUCUGAUAAACACCUUGGCCAACAAUGUCCUCCAAAUGUUGGAUAUCCAGGCAUCUCAGCUACGUCGGAUGGAAUCUUCUAUCAACCACAUUUCCCAAACGGUCGAUAUUCAUAAAGAGAAGGUUGCAAGGAGAGAAAUUGGUAUUUUAACUACCAACAAAAAUACUUCCAGAACCCAUAAAAUUAUUGCUCCAGCCAACCUAGAACGACCAGUUCGUUACAUUAGAAAGCCUAUUGACUAUACAAUUUUAGAUGAUAUUGGGCAUGGAGUAAAGUGGUUGAAAGCUCGGAAUUCUCAUACACAGAAUAUGAAGAUGGGUGGGCUGCCUCGCACAACACCACCUACUCAGAAACCUCCCAGCCCACCGAUGUCAGGCAAAGGAACACUUGGGCGUCACUCCCCCUAUCGCACACUGGAGCCAGUGCGUCCUCCAGUGGUACCAAAUGAUUACGUACCUAGCCCAACACGUAAUAUGGCUCCCUCGCAGCAGAGCCCUGUGAGGACAGCUUCUGUGAAUCAAAGAAAUCGAACUUACAGUGGUAGUAGUGGAGGGAGCCACCCGAGUAGCCGGAGCAGCAGUCGAGAAAACAGUGGAAGUGGUAGUGUGGGGGUUCCUAUAGCUGUCCCUACUCCAUCUCCUCCCAGUGUCUUUCCAGGUAAACCCAGAAUUCCAGGUCAUCCUGUACAGUUCUACAGCAUGAACAGACCUGCUUCUCGGCACACUCCCCCAACAAUAGGAGGCUCUUUGCCCUAUAGACGUCCUCCAUCCAUAACCUCACAGACAAGCCUUCAGAACCAGGUCAAUGGAGGACCUUUUUAUAGCCAGAACCCAGCAUCUCUUGCUCCUCCUCCUCCAUCCAUCCUACAGGUAACUCCUCAGUUGCCUUUAAUGGGAUUUGUGGCCAGAGUCCAAGAAAAUAUUUCAGACACUCCUCCUCCUCCACCUCCUGCAGAAGAACCAGUUUUUGAUGAAUCCCCACCUCCACCUCCUCCUCCAGAAGAUUAUGAGGAAGAAGAGGCAGCUGUGGUAGAGUACAGUGAUCCCUAUGCAGAAGAGGACCCUCCCUGGGCACCAAGGACCUAUUUAGAAAAAGUUGUCGCAAUUUAUGAUUACACAAAAGACAAAGAGGACGAACUCUCAUUUCAGGAAGGAGCUAUCAUUUAUGUCAUAAAGAAGAAUGAUGAUGGUUGGUAUGAGGGAGUCAUGAAUGGAGUGACUGGGCUCUUCCCAGGGAAUUAUGUGGAGUCCAUCAUGCAUUAUUCUGAAUGAAGAUCGAUGAUGAUGUAUCAGGAUCAAAAGAAGCUAUUAGGGACUUUCCAGAUUUACACAAGGUCUGGGGAAUACACUCAUGUGAACUCAUGGAUGAAGAAUAAGGAUAAUUGUAAUAAAACUACUUAUGUGUUUUGGCUUAAAAAAUUAUUAUAAAAAGUAAUUUAGUGACCUAAAAGUAUGAACAAAUGGAUCUUCUGAUGGUUGG